AUGAGCGUUACUCAGAACCCCGAGAACGGCCGCGCUUACGCGCUCAUCAACUACAAGGGCGGAACUGCUGCCGACCUCAGCGGUGGCGACAACACCAGCAUCAUCGGCUACGACUACCACGGCGGCGAGAACCAGCAGUGGAUCUUCGAGCAGCACGACGGUGCAUGGCUUCUCCGCAACAAGAGCCAGUACGACAAGACCCUCCAGGUCGCCGGUAACUCGCUCCAGGCGGGCGAUGGCGUCAUCGCUGUCGAGCACGCCGGCCAGCCAACGCUCUGGGAUGUUGAGCCCGCGGACGAUAACACCGUCAUACUGAAGGUGCACGGCCAUGGCUACGUCCUCGACCUCUCCGACCACGGCAACUCAACGCCUGGUACCGCUGUCGCUGUGUACGGCAACUGGGGUGGCGAGAACCAGCGCUGGCGUCUCACUGAGGCUUGA